CGCAGACAGUACGUCUGACUUCGAAAAGAAGGAAAAAAACAAAAUCAAAAAGUACCUAAAUAAAUAUAAAACAAGUUUCAUGUUGUUUUGAAGUAUCGCACAGGGGCAGGGUAAACCCCAGCUUAAUCUAUACUGAUUUGUGACCAUGCUAGAGCAUUGUACACAUUAUUUAGUGCUUCGUCUCAACUCAAUCCAGAUUUUUUUUACGAUCGUCGCAUUUACUUCAACGGUGAUCUGCUUCGCCAAAUGAGUCUAGUCUUCAUUCGAUCGUCCUGGAAUAAACAGUUUUAAAGUAGCUUCGUGCCGCCAUGGCUUGGACGUUAUCAGUUUUUAUUAGUGUUGUAGUAAUUCUGAGUAGUGACUCAGGUAGUUGUCAUAAUCAUUCCUGUCGCCUCCCAGGACCACAAAGAUCUGUCGGAAGAUGCGUUCCUGUGAAUAAUUGUCCAGCUACCUUCGCCAACCUUGUGUCGUUACAGUUCGAACCGAAUGCAGCGUUCGAACGGUAUCUUGAGGAAAUAACUUGCGAUAACGGACCAUAUGGGAACAUCCAUGUCUGCUGCGGAGAGGAGUACCAAAAUGGACAGCGAGUUAAUGCUCGUCGGAAACCUCAGGCCCGCCGUUCUUGCCGUUCUUUUCGUCAAAGACCAGGAAACUGUGUCCCAAUCGAAACGUGCCCUUCGAUCUACAAUUGUAGCAUUGAACUGCAACGAAAUUAUAACCCAACAUUGCAUCUUCAUCUAACGCAGAGCUUUUGCUACCAGGAAAAGGGUAAAACUUUUGUUUGUUGCGAUGAUGAUCAGGAUAUGGACUUGAAACCGGUGAAGAAGCUGGGAUGGCAAAGUUGUGAAACUCCUUUUCUCGAUGCGGGCAAAUGCGUGCCGCCAAGUCGAUGUGGUCUGAUCGAAAAUAGCGAUGAAGUGCCGGAUCUGUACGAAGCGUUUAUGGUGGGUUGCGAACAGCCAAACGGUGUGCGUCAUAUGUGUUGCCCAAAAAAGGAGAUUCAGUAUGAUACAGAGUUCGGAAAACAGUGCACCACACAGACCGGAAAGGCCGGACAUUGCGUUGAAUCGGAACGAUGUGAUGAUUUUCUAAAGACUACUGAUCGACAAGAAUAUGUGAGGAGUAAUUGGUGCUACACGAGUUUGGAGCAAGUGGAUUAUGUGUGCUGUAUGCAGAAAAAAAUCUUGAAAGCUCCAGAAAAACCAAUUGAAAUUGGUAGCCGUGCUGGAGAAGAUGCACCUACAUGUUCAACACCGGACAGUACCCCAGGACAAUGUGUGGCUCUUUCGCAGUGUACACCAAUAGUAACCAUCCUAAAAGAAGCUUCAGCCGCCAAAAAAGCACUCACUGCAGCACAAGCCGCGUUCCUGAGGAGCAGCAUUUGUACGCCCGCCACUACUUCGUCCACCUCGUAUUACGUUUGCUGCGAUGAAGUCUCGCUACAAACUGUUACGACGCCUGCUCCUGUGGCUACCACACCAACUGUGACAGUGUCCAGUGAUAUCGCCAAUCAUCCGAAUCUAAAAUUACUAGAUCGUGUCAACUGUGGUAAAGCGACUCUAGACGACAAAAUAUCAUUUGGAGAGCGGGCACCAAUGUAUCAGUAUCCUUGGAUGGCCAUGCUGAUCUACCGCUCAGCCAGCGGACAGGAAGGUCCCGAAUGUGGUGGAACCGUUAUUAAUUCUCGUUAUGUAUUAACAGCUGCUCAUUGCAUUGAUGGCCAGAUCGAGCGCUUGGUGUACGUUCGAUUGGGUGAAUACGACACACGUACAGACCCUGACUGCGAUGAGUACAUGGACUGCGCCCCACCAUUCACGCGCUACACGGUUGAAGAGUAUAUGUACCAUCCGAAUUUUUCCCGGAUGAUUCGCUCCGGUAAUGACAUUGGCCUUCUUCGAUUAAGUCGAAGCAUUGAUUUCAACAACAACGGCAUCACUCCAAUUUGUCUUCCCUAUACAAACAAUCUUGGUCGUUUUGAUCCUAGUUUAUAUUGGAUCACCGGUUGGGGAUUGACGGAGCGGUUGGAAAAUAGUCCGAUUCUACUGCAGGCCAGAAUUCCCUCGGUUGCUUGCAGUUUAAGUACGCAUUCGAUUUGUGCUGGCUUUGGCAACGGAACGCUUCACUGCCGAGGUGAUUCGGGAGGGCCAAUGCAGGUACAGGUCCCAGAUAUCCGGUUCCGAUAUGUCCAGUACGGUAUCAUAUCCGCCGGACCGGGAUGCGGGGUUACUGGUGCUCCGGGUGUUAGCACGCGUGUGUCAUUCUUUAUGCGAUGGGUUUUGGACAAUAUUCGUGAGUGAAACGAUUAAUCAAUGGAUAUGCAAAUAGACGGGCCAUAUGAUAGGCAAGAAAAUUAA